AUGGGAUUUCGUAGGUGGUCGGUCACCUUUCCGAGAGGUGACCGCCACAUCCGGAGCCGGCUGCCCUUCCCGCGGCGGCCGGCCGAGCGGACAGGAAUUGGGACUUGGGAGCGAAGCCUCGCUGCCGUCAGCACUCCGGGACCCGGACCACAGAACUUCCGACUGGCGGCGCUUCCGGAAGCCGCUGGGAACCCCGAGCGCCUCCGGCGGACGACGCUGACAGCGUCCCCGUUCCCCGGCAACGAGCCGGGCCGUGACGUCACUUCCGCGGACCCGUCCGGACUCCCGGCCGUCGAAAGGAAAAGAGGAAAAGGGAGCUGCAGCCACGACUGUGGACGCGAGCGGCUGCGGCGGCCGCCCCGCCAGACGGUGCGCCUGGAGCUGGUGCUCAAGGACCCCACGGACGAGAGCUGCGUGGAGUUCAGCUACCCGGAGCUGCUGCUGUGCGGAGAACAACGGAAUCAGAAGAAGUCCAUUCCGACAGAAGACCCAUUUAUUGAUGAACAUCGGGAGAGAGAAGAGGUUGAAAUGUUGGCUAAGAAGUUUGAAAUGAAAUAUGGGGGGAAACCUCGUAAACACCGGAAGGAUCGGCUACAAGAUCUAAUUGAUAUUGGCUUUGGCUAUGAUGAGACAGAUCCGUUCAUCGAUAACUCAGAGGCUUAUGAUGAAUUAGUUCCUGCUUCUCUGACUACAAAGUAUGGAGGCUUUUACAUCAACACCGGCACGCUCCAGUUUCGACAAGCGUCAGAUACCGAAGAGGAGGACAUUGUCGACCACCAGAAGCACAAGCCACUGAAAGUUCCCAAGAUGAAAGAAGAUGAGAUUGAGAUGAAGAAGCGGAAGCGGAAAGAGGAAGGGGAUAAAGAGAAGAAGCCAAGGAAGAAAGUUCCCAAACAACUGGGAGUUGUGGCUCUAAAUUCACACAAAUCUGAGAAAAAGAAGAAGCGUUACAAAGAUUCUCUCUCUCUGGCUGCCAUGAUCAGGAAGUUUCAGAAAGAGAAGGAUGCUCUGAAGAAGGAGGAGCCCAGCCCCCAAAUCCCUGUGACCUUGCAGACCUCAGCCCUGAACAAGCCCCCUGCUGCCGCUGUCCCACUGGGCAACGACGGCUCUGACUUACACCUGAGCAGCGCUGACCCGGACCUCCCCAUUUUUGUUAGCACAAACGAACACGAGCUGUUUCAGGAAGCCGAGAACGCCCUAGAGAUGCUGGAUAACUUUGACUUUGACAGACUGCUGGAUGCCGCUUCCGACGGCAGCCCCCUUUCUGAGUCGGGGGGUGAGAAUGGGACCACCCAGCCUGGCUACACCUCUCAGGUCCUGCCCAAGCUAGUGCCCAUGCUCCCAGAGGGUCUGCCAGCACUGCUAGAAAAACGGAUCGAAGACCUCCGCAGUGCUGCCAAACUUUUUGAUGAAGAGGGAAGGAAAAAAUUCUUUACACAGGACAUGAAUAAUAUUCUCCUGGACAUUGAGUUACAGCUGCAGGAGCUGGGCCCUGUCAUUCGGAGCGGCGUCUAUUCCCACCUGGAAGCUUUUGUGCCGUGCAACAAGGAAACGCUGGUGAAACGUCUCAAGAAGCUCCACCUCAACGUGCAGGAUGACCGGCUAAGGGAGCCUCUGCAGAAACUGAAGCUGGCCGUGGGCAGUGUCAUGCCCGAACAGCUGUUCAAGUACCAGGAGGACUGCCAGGCGCGCAGCCUGGCCAAGUGUGCUCGGCUGCAAACCGAUGAAGAACGAGAAAGAAACGGGUCCGAAGAAGAUGAUGAUGAGAAGCCAGGGAAGCGUGUCAUCGGCCCGAGAAAGAAAUUCCACUGGGAUGACACUCUGAGAACUUUGUUAUGUAACCUUGUUGAAAUCAAGUUGGGAUGCUAUGAGUUAGAGCCAAAUAAAAGCCAGUCUGCUGAAGAUUAUCUUAAAUCCUUUAUGGAGACCGAGGUGAAGCCGCUGUGGCCUAAGGGCUGGAUGCAGGCAAGAAUGCUUUUCAAAGAAAGCCGGCGUGUGCAUAAUCACCUCACUUCCGCUCCGGCAAAGAAGAAAGUGAUUCCUGCACCUAAACCUAAAGUGAAGGAGUGCAGUCCAAAAAAGGACCAGAAGACUCCCGGUCCCGGGGCCCCUCCUGUGGGCCCUUCCGUGGGCUGCAGCGGGACCAUGGCCUCCACCAGUGCCGCUUCGGCCGCAGCCCAGGAGACCAUCUGCCUGGACGACUCCCUGGAUGAAGACCUGGCCUUCCACUCACCCUCCCUGGAGCUGGUGUCUGAGGCGCUGGCGGCCAUCAACAAUGGGAGCAAGGGCCCUGCUGUUAGCUCCCGCAUGAGCGUGCUGCCCACAAAGCCCCGGCCCGGCCUGAGAGAAGAGAAGCUGGCGAGCAUCAUGAGCAAGCUGCCUCUGGCCGCUCCCAAGAAGCUGGACUCGGCUCCCACGGCCCACUCCUCCAGCCUCAUCGCCGGCCACAGCGGCCUGGCGCCAAAGAAACCCCCGGAGCUCGCUCACACCGCCAUCUCAUCAGGCCUUAUUGCGGGGGCCUCCAUUCAGAACCCGAAAGUCUCCCUUGAGCCUCUGCCGGUCCGGCUGCUCCAGCAAGGGCUGCAGCGGUCAGGCCAGAUCCUCACUGCCCCUUCUUCGCAGCCCCACAUCACUGCCUCCUCGUCUCAAGCCCACGUCACUGCCUCCUCUCACACCCUGGGAGCCUCGGAGGCCCAGGAGGCCGCCUCCCUGGCACAGGCCACAAAGGUGCACCAGCAUUCAGCAGUCCCACAGAACUAUGUGUCCCCACUGCAGGCGACCAUCAGUAAGUCCCAGAGCAACCCCGUGGUUAAGCUGAGCAGCACUCCCCACGUGUCCUGCUCUGUCCCUCUGAUGAAGUCUGCGGACAAGCCGCUUCUGUACCGCCUGCCCCUGCCCAACCCCUCAUCCGGAAAUGGGUCCGCAGGGCCCCACCCCCUGGCCUCCAGGGCAACCCCGAGCACCACUACCUCCAGUAACUAUUUAGCCAAGGCCAUGGUGGCGCAGAUCUCCACGCAGGCUUUCAAGCCUCCUUUCUCAAUGGCCGCCUCCCCCAAGCUCGCUGCCUCUCCGAAGCCUGCCACGUCGCCCAAGCCCUCGCCUUCACCCAAGCCCUCUCUGUCCGCCAAGCCUUCGGUGUCAACGAAGCUGACGUCCAAAUCCAACCCAGCCCCCAAGCCCACCGCCUCCCCGAGUUCUAGCAGUCCAAACGCACUCGUUGCCCAGAGUGGGCCCUCAAGCAGUGCUGGCAGCAACCCCGGCCACAAACAGCCCAGUGGGAUGAGCCUCAGCAGACACUCUCCCACCCUGAACUUACUGCCGGCCCACCGCACUGCCGGCCUCCCGGCCACAAAAGCCCUCCCGGCCUCUUCCAAGCUCACAAACUCAGCUUCCAUGGGAUCUGCUGGCAAGAACAGCUUGAGUGGAAUUGCAUUGAAUGUACCUGCCAGCAGAGGGGGCACCCUUAACUCAAGCGGAGCUGGUAGGACUAGUCUGUCUGGGGGGACAGGAAGUGGAACACAGGGUGCUACUAAACCGUUGUCUACACACAGACCGUCCUCUGCCUCAGGGUCUUCGGUGGUAACAGCCAGCGUGCAGUCCACAGCAGGAGCGUCACUCUUGGCUAAUGCCUCACCUCUGACUCUCAUGACGUCACCUUUGUCUGUAACCAAUCAAAACGUGGCUCCUUUUGGGAUGCUGGGUGGCCUUGUUCCAGUGACCAUGCCCUUCCAGUUUCCCCUGGAGCUCCUCGGCUUCGGAACGGACUCAGCUGGAGCAACAGCCACCUCGGGAUCUACCUCAGCCGCCUUCCACCACAGCCUCACACAGAAUUUACUAAAGGGUUUACAGCCGGGAGCCCAGCACGCAGCGCCACUGGCCCACUCCCCACUGCCUGCCCACGCACAGCAGACGUUUCACGAUGGAGGCCAAAGUAAAGGAGACACUAAGCUACCGCGGAAAUCUCAGUGACGUCCCAGCGAGCAGAGGGCAGGCGGCACUGGACUGGCUGGUGGGCGCUACCUGAAGGGGCUGCUGCAGCUGCUGCUGUCGGUGUUUACAUUCUCCCGUCCUGAGCACUGUGGUGAGGAGGACACACGCAGGCGGCCGAUCGGUGCCAGGUGCCGGAGGAAGAGCGGCCUCCCUCCGUGCAGUCUGGGUCCUCUGCGUCUUCUCAAGAGAGGUCCAGUUACCACACAGACUGGUGGAAAGAGACUGGGCGGUCAACCCCACAGAAGUUCAAGUUUGCCUCUCCCAGGGGCGGAAGAGGAAAGGGAGAGGAUGGGUGGGCACUCUUCGUGCCAGGGCUUGGAUCUUGGCACUCGCAGAUGAGCCCUGGGGUGAGGCCCGUGGGUCACGAGCAGUGGGCCUGUCUGAGUGCGCUGUGCAGCGCAUCUGCCACGUGAACAAUUAGCGACCCCCCAUCUGAUCUUAGACGGCACUCCCCAGAAUUCCUGUGCAGACUUGAAGCUACUUCCCCAGG